GCAGGGAGCAGUGAAUAAGCCAUAGCCGCCCAAACCCCUGCAUAGAACCGACUCCCUAGACGUGACCCAGAGCAGGGAACAACACCGCCUUUAACAGAACCAAAGAAGUCCAUCUCCCUGGUAAAACUCGACAAUCUUUUUUGAAUUGGAGACUUACUGCAUCCAGUUGCUAUGGCUAUUCCGUGGAAUAUUCGCGGGUCAGCUUCUCAGCUUUUGUUUCAAGAUAAAGAAUCGCCUCAACAUCAAGCCUUGCUCUCAAUAGCGGACGUGCCUCAUCCAGAUCGGUCUAUUCUAGCUGGGUUUAUUAAUGAUGCUUUCGACCCCCAGGAAGCAGCGCGGUACUUCCUUCAUAUGACGUGUACGGGAGAUGAUCGAGAAGUGCCACCAAAUAAAACAAAGUCGCAGUUCCUAUCGGAGUGGAAAUCCCUUGUUGACAAAUUUCGACCGACUCUGGCAACAUCACUGUCUAGUGAGACGAAGAUGCUUAUUUGUGAAGGGGAUACAUGUCGCUGUUGCCUUACGCGUACACCUUUCAAGUCGUACUUGGAUCAUGAUCUAGAAUACGUUCACAUAGUCCCGCCUUGUGUAUUGUCUGAUCCAGAUCUCUCGGAAGAGACCGCCCUCUUUCAGAUGCUGAGCAGCUUUCUAUCCAGAGAUCUAUUGGAGAUUUUAAGAAACCUUCAGCAUGAGGGGCCAGAGAAGGCUGAUAAUGUUUGGCUGUUGUCUAAGCAAGCUUGGAAUGCUUUUCAUACAGGGAACAUACUCCUUAAGACACAAAGUUGGAGGACCCGUUCUGACAAAUCUCAUUAGCGAACCGUGAGUCUUCAUGCCCCCUCCCCAUUCAUGGCUGAUAAUAACUUUCUCAAGUUUGGCAUCUAUACCAACAGUAUUCACCCCCAAGAAGAUGCUUGGCUGGUGCCAGACGAAGUAGUCCUUGAGAGCAAGAUUCCUCAAUUGGCGCCAAUUGUCAGCGAAGUCCUCCUUGGAAUCCACGCCCGUUUCUCCAAGUCAUUGGCGUGGAUAGAGACGAAAAAGUAUAUGGAUGCCUCACGCGACGAUGCUAGCGAGAAUAUCCGAAACGAUGAUUACAAAAUGAAGGGAAAGUUCUUUCUUGCUUCGCUGAUAUCACCCUCCUCACUUUUUCGACGCUUUUGGACAGCCCUACCUUCUUCCUUUAGGGCAGUCGUUUACGAUGCUCUACUUCGAGUCGGUUAUCGUAAAUAUGGACCCUCACUUUCGAUGACUGUCUUCAGAUUACCCUUCGGCUUGUAUUUGCGAAGGGGAUCGCCGAACCUGGCAUCCAAAUAUCAUGUUGAAGCUCACACACUUCGCAUGAUAGAGCAAUCAACAUGUAUUCCAGCACCAAGAGCAAUCGAUGUUUUGGAAACUCCUCGGUUCUCUUAUUUGCUUAUGACGCGUGUCCCUGGACGCCCAAUCGGUCAAAUACUCUACACAAUGACCGAUGAACAAGUCAAGCAGGCCGUGAUCGAUCUAAAAAAAUAUGUUUCUGAACUUCGGAAAAUUCCUGGCCCCCCAGGCGAAUAUCAGAUUUGCAAUUCUCAAGGCGGCGGUUUCCUGGAUUGGCGAAUUCCUGAUAGUCAGCGAGAGGAGCUACGAUUCAAGAGUGAAGCGGAUUUUAACAAAUACUUGACCGAUCCCUUUGGUGAAAAAACUCGGAGGGAUGCUGCCAAAUCGCAUGAUAUAUGUCACAGAAUAUUUUUUACUCAUGGUGAUUUGAACCCCAGAAACAUCCUUGCAGAAGGGGGCAGGAUAACUGGAAUUGUUGAUUGGGAGAAUGCAGGAUGGUUUCCAGAGUAUUGGGAGUAUACGAAGGCGCAUUACACCGUUCGAAGUGUAAUGCGGUGGCUUGCUGAUGUCGUUGAUGUGGUGUUUGAGGGUUACCGUGAUGAAUUACAUGUGGAAAAUAUGCUUUCGGAUCUUUUAGGUCCGUUCUAGUCGAUGCUGACCCU